AUGCAGCCCAGCUCGGGGCAGCAAACGCCCUCUGGCGUGAACCCCGGGAGCACAUUCUCCGCGCAAUCGUCGCAGGCUGCUCUGCGGGCUGCAUUGGACGAUGGUGUGACUGUGCAGGAGCUCGCGCCCAUGGAUCGCGGGAUACGCGCGUGGACUUUCUGCUUCUCCGCGUUCGUAUUAGAGAUGAUGAUCUGGGGCUUCUGCUUCAGUUAUGGUAUCUUCCAAGAUUACUACACGACGCAUGCGCCCUUUAACAAGGCUUCGGGAGUGUCGAUUGCUGCGGUGGGCACUGUGUCCAUCGCCUUGCAGUACUGCGAGGUGCUCUGGCUUUGCCUGAUAUUCGAUCGAUACCCGGAGUAUCUGAACAUCGGCAUGUGGGGUGGCCUAGCCCUCUCUUCUGUAUCCAUCUUCUGCUGUAGUUUCGCUACAGAGGUGUGGCAGCUUAUCCUGCUGCAAGGCGUUGGCUUCGGUAUCGGCGGCGGACUUCUGUAUGUGCCCGUCAUCAAACUCCUCAGCGAGUGGUUCUCCGAGCGGAGAGGGUUGGCUGGCGGUAUCAUUUUCGCAGGAGGAGGUGUAGGCGGCUUCGUCUUCCCCUUCGCGUUGACCGCGCUAUUGGACAAGGUAGGCUUGCAGUGGACCAUGCGUAUCUGGGCCAUUGGCUCUACGGUCUGCUCAGGUAUAGCGCUUUUGGGCAUGCGCCCACGACUGCCCGUUCCGAAGUUUACGGGCAACCAGCGUCGUCCGCGCUUCAUCCCCCCACACCUUGGGUUCAUGCGGAACCCGAUUUUCUGGAGCGUGGGUUUCACGACGUUGCUUCAAGGGCUCUCCUACUUCCCCGUCUCGCUCUACAUCGCGAGCUUCACACGCGCACUAUCCUCCCCACUGACGGCAACGAUCGUCCUGUCCGUCUUCAACUCGUCCGCGGUCGUCGGUCAGAUCGUGCUCGGCCAUCUGAGCGACAAAUUCCCGUACCCGUGGAUCAUGUUCGUGAGCGCACUCGGCAGCGGCCUCGUCGCCUUCCUGCUCUGGGGCUUCGCGACCGCGGCCACGCAGCUGUAUCUCUUCGCCAUCAUCUUCGGAGCUCUCAGCGGUGGCUUUUCGUCGACGUGGCCGCGGGCAGCGUCCGACUGCGCACGGGGCAAGCCCGAGUACGCAGGCCUCGCGCUCGCGAGCACCGCGAUCUUCAAGGGUGUCUCCGCGGUGGUCGGGCCCGCGCUGUCCGGCGUCCUCCUGGAGGCCGGCAAAGGAUCGUCGUUCGGUGGCGUGUUCGGACGCGAAGGCUACGGCGCUGUGGAACUGUUCGUCGGCUCCUGCGCGCUUGCGACAGGGGCGGGCAGCAUCCUGGUCGCGCACGCGAGCAGACGGGCCCGAGUGUGA